AAUCGCGCGAAAUGCCCGGCCGGCGUGGCGCUCGGAAACGCGCGCGCGGAGCGGCGUCGAGAGGAGCGUCGCUGUGAGAGCGACUUGCCCGCCCGGAGCCAGGAGAGAACCUGCGGUAUUGUGGAGCGACCGCCGGGCAUGCCGUGAGCGCGCCGCCGCGGGGCCUCACCCCGUCGCUUCCCGGCCAUGGAGGAUGAGACGGGCUUCAUCAACAGCCAGCCAUCCAUGGCGGAGUUCAUGACAGCGCUGCCGCACGUCACCGAGAGCUUCCACAACGGCAGGCCGCCCGCGGGCCCGCCACCGCCCGCCGGGAUGUGCCAGAGCCCGCUCGGACCGCACGGCUCGCCCGGCGCCAAGCACGCGCCGGGGGCCGCCGCCGCGCUGGGAGUGCCGGAGUACCCCUGGAUGAAGGAGAAGAAGACCACCCGCAAACAACACCAAGGGUUUGCUUCUGCGAAGUCGAGGAAUAACGAACUCAUGCAGAAGACAGGGGUCCCUAGAAAUGAGAACGGAGAGAACGGCAUGCCGCGACGUCUCCGGACCGCCUACACCAACACGCAGCUUCUGGAGCUGGAAAAGGAGUUCCACUUCAACAAGUACCUGUGUCGGCCUCGGCGGAUCGAGAUCGCCGCGUCGCUCGACCUCACCGAGCGCCAAGUCAAGGUGUGGUUCCAAAACCGGAGGAUGAAGCACAAGCGACAGACGAUGAUGAGCAAGCAGGACGAGAAGGGCAACGGAGACGCGGCCUCCGAGGGCGAGGCGUCCUCGGUCGAGGCCACCGACAGGGCCGGCGCCAGCCCCGCGGGUCUCGCGCCCGGAGAUGAGGUGGGAAAGCCGGACCCGGGGCCCUGCUGUCCGGCCAGGGCGGCUGCCCCGUCGCCCUGCAGCUCGGACCCGGACCCGGAGUCCAAGGCCCACCUUCUGCCGGGAUUGGCGGGCGCCUCGCCUGCGCGCUCCGACAAGACACCCACGCCGGGCGGCAAGGGCGCCGACGGUCGUGCCGCCAGCCCCGCCGCGCCCAGGCUGCUGUCCGGCAAGGCCCCCGCUCUCUGCUCCCUCGACGGUGGUCUGUGCCCGCAGAGGGUCGCCAGCCCCUCGGCCGCAUCUUAUCCUUGUCCCAGCGCGCGUGUGGCUUCUUCUCCGAACUGCCAGGUCCAGCCGCACCUGUACGCCAACCACUACGCCCAGGACCGCCCAGGCGGAGGUCCCAUGCAGGGCUACAACGGGCAGUGCGCCACUGCCGCCACCGCCGUGCACCGGGGACAGCAGUCGCCUGGAGUCUACUGCGCGGCCACGUACCGUUCUCCGCCGGCGGCCAGCGCAGCGGUCGGGCCACAGGUCGCGGCCGCCACAGGUGCCCAGGGGCCUCCGCAGGUAGGCAGCAACAGCUAUGCCGGUGCCGUGCCCCACGCCUACACCAAGGCCGCCCAUAUGUACUAUCACCACCAGGGCAGCGCGUCAAUGAGCGGGUCUUCGCAGACCUGCGGCUACGCGGCAACGUCAGCUGGCCACGCGGGCAUGAUAGGACCCGCCAUGGGCUCACACCAGCAGGUGCAGCACACGCAGAGCCAGCAUCAGCCGCAGCACUCCCAACUUCAGCAACAACCGCUGCAGCAUCAGCAGCAGCAUCAGCAGCAGCAGCACCAACAACAGCAACAACAGCACCAACAACACCAUCAGGCGUCCCAAGUGGCAACCGCUACGCAACAGACGCCUCACCAGCAGUCACCCGAGCAGCGGUCGUACAUGUACAGCAUGGAGGGAAUGAACCAGACCAGCGUAUCCGCGCAUGGGUACGUUGGAGAGUACAGAAACUCGAGUCAAGAUUACGGUCGCAACUACGGCGCUAGCUACGCCACCUCUGACACGGAGAACAUGGACGAGGGCCAGUACAACGGAGUGAGCGGAACGAACGGAUACAACUACAACUACCGGGCGACGGAGUGCUAUUCGGCUGAAGACACCACCAGUAUGGUCUCCUCGCCCAGUGGGGACUCGGGCAUGUACUACGACAUCGCGUGCAACGGCACCCCCGCCUCAAACGCCAGUAGCGUCCGAACACCCGAGUACAGCGCCACCGCUGCCAAGCAGCAACAGUACCAGGGUUCCGGAGGCUACUUCGAGAUGCAGAACGGCACGGCCAACGCUCCCUCUAACAACUACAACCCUUCUCCGGAACACUACAACGGCCAGAGCUCGUCGGACACUGACCUUAACUUUAACAGUUUCUAUUACGACUCCAACGGCUAUUCGGGGCCCGGCUCGUGUGGUUCCAAUGAGUUCAGCUUCCUCACAAACAUUGCCAAUGAAUAUACGGCACCAGAGUACUAUCAGUUGAGCUGACUGCAAGACAGCGAGUGAAAGGACCUUCGAAAACGUGCUUGAGCCGCCUUUCCCUGUCGGGGGAAUGUCGCGAGGUUGAACUUGCGAGACGACCAGUGCAUGCGAAGGGUGCGUGGCUCGGACAUGGCGAACUCCUGUCUUUGAUGAUGUCCGAGCAAGACAACCGAACGCGAUGCGGGUCGUCGUUUAAGACAUCCCCGAUUACUUUCCAUCACGCAGUCCAACUUUUCCUAGCGUAGAACCACCUGCCCACGAGUGCAUCGAGCAUGUCAGAUUGUCGUUUUCGAUCGAUUCAUAGCUCACAGGAACGAGAUUGCCUCAUGCAGACCGUUGCUUGUAUAUUUGUACACAUAUGAGCUAGCAGAAAGUUUAUUGGCAUGUCGAUAAGUAAUAGUGCGUACUCCGAACAGCUCAAGCACGUACUGGUCACAAGAGCAAAUCUAUUUUUUUCUCUUUUACAGUUCUCUUUAUUUCUUCAAAGAAACACACAGAAUAUAAGUGCAAUAACGAGACUGCUGUCUUCGCAACAACGUUUCCAGUGCCCCUAAGUUUCACUGUGAUUUGUAAAAUCCCUUGUUUAUAGAGAUGUACAUAUAACUUAACUGGCACAGUGCAAUCUUCAUGCGAGAUGAAAGUAAUGCUGCGCACGUACACAAGCUGUUCUUCACAACAGUCUUCAAACGCGUUGUGUCCUAUUUCCCCGAGUACCAACACCUUCCCAUAGGCAAGCUGUUCCUGUAUCGCACAGACCACCGGACGAGGCAUCGCAGAUGCACAUCAUACGUUUGACUCCUUUCCGCAUUAAGACCCAUUCAUGUCUUUCAUUUUCUUCCUGCGUUUAGCGAUGGCGUCAGCAUCGUUUCAUUGUAUAGCCCAUCUGUACAGACUCUUAUUGUAUAUGGUGUUCAAACUCCGUGUGUUUCCGAGAGUUAGAGUGUACAGAUUAUUGUUACGAGAUGCCGUAGAAACAUACUCCCUGUUUUCGUCCAUCCUCCAGCGAAAGUCUAGUUGCACUUUCCCGGCCUCCUUCGCCCAUCUCUCGGUACCAGGAAUGCGGCAGCCCUUAGACGGGUUGCCAGUUUCCCUAUAGACAAAUCGGUCUUGGUGUCAUGCCUGGAAACCAAAUGGGCCCUCAGCGCUUCACCCUGCGUCUGUCCCCGCUCUUUAAAAUUGUGAGUUUCACAGUAAACGUUCUAUAUCACUCAUUUCCGAACAUCGAGCCUCAAUUUUGAGUUCUGUUUAUGGUGCGUCCGUACAGAGAGAGAAGAAAACGAAGGUGUAAUAAAAGAAGUGCGUGCGCUUGGUAAAGCAAACUGUUUGAAGAAGAAAAAAAAUCGUAAUUCUAUUGACCUCUAUUGUUCCUCCAGAGACGACCGAUAUUUGUCGCAGACAAGCCUUGGCGCUGGUAAGUACUCUACGUUACAUGGAGUGACUGGGGUGUUGCCCUCUCUCCUGCUCCACCUAUAGCAUCCCUUAUCCAUUUUCAAUCGUUGAAGAUAGCGAAGUUAUGAGAUGAGAAAAAUAUUAACCCAGAUGGGUGGGGUACUGCUGCCCCACUGACCAAUAAUACUGAUGCUAGUUCUAAAGAAACAGAACGCCACAAAAAGAGGCAUUUAUUUCAAGGUGCCCGCCUUCCCCCGGCCUUAUUUCCCACUCUCUCUCUUCGGUUUCAUUAAUGGUCAUCAACCAUUCAAAGAAUGCAGCUGAUUCGUCUGCUCCCGAGACUCGGGCACACGAGGAAGAAGACAGUAGUUUUGAGAACGUGUAAGUUCCUAACACAUCGAGCGUAAAGCGUGUUUCACAUGCAGCGAUUUUGGCCCUAGAGCGGCGCAAUUUCUGCCGUCCCGGCGCUCGUGCCGCUCAACCGCUGGUGCUGGCCAGAGCGCCGCGACGGCAGAAAUCGCGCCGUUCUAGGUCCAAAACCGCUGCAUGCGAAACACGCUUAAAGCUUGGGCAGAGUCCAGAACCUCCUCUAAAAGAAUAUAUUUUUUAAUUAAAAAUACAAAACAUUUAACGCUAACAAUUUGACGUGUCAACAGAGCUCUGCUCGACAAAACAAGUUCGAGAUAAGGUUGUGGAACAAGCGACUACACCUUUGAUCUUCAUUAAAGAUUUUUUUUCUCCUU